CCGUCCCUGUGCACCCUCAAGCGCUUAACAAAUAAGUCUACCCUCAAAUCACAAAAGUCCAGGGUGCUGUCACUGAUAUUUUAAAACAUCCCAGAGAAACUUUGAAGAGAAGCUUUCCAGAGAGUUCGUGGAACGCGGCGGCGCGCCAAAGGAGCUGAAACGAUGAAAAGUCAGGUACCGUUUCCUUUCCUGCUGUCUUUGCUCUGUGGAGCCAUCUCGCAGCAGAUCCAAUACACUAUUCCGGAGGAGCUGGCCAAGGGCUCACUGGUGGGGAACCUCGCCAAGGAUCUGGGGCUCAGUGUCCAGGAGUUGCCAGCUCGAAAACUGCGGGUUAGUGCAGAGGAUUAUUUCAACAUUAGUGCGGAGAGUGGGGAUUUGUUAGUAAGCGGAAGGAUAGAUCGAGAGAAGAUCUGCGGCAGGAAAUCUGAGUGCGCGCUAGAAUUCGAAAUGGUGGCUGAAAAUCCAAUGAAUGUUUUCCACGUGAUUGUUGCAAUUCAAGAUAUUAAUGACAACGCACCAUAUUUCGUUGCAAAAGGCAUCGAUUUAGAGAUUUGUGAGUCAGCCUUACCAGGGGUGAAAUUCCCUCUGGACUCCGCACAAGAUGCAGAUGUAGAAAGUAACUCACUGAAGACAUACACCGUUAACCCCAACCAACACUUCUCUCUGUCAACGAAGGAAAGUGCAGAUGGAAGUAAAUACCCGGAAUUACUGCUGGAAAAACCUCUAGACAGAGAACGUCAGAGCUCCCAUCGCUUAAUCCUGACUGCCCUGGACGGAGGCAACCCGCCUCUAAGCGGCACCACCCAGGUCUGGAUCCAAGUCACUGACGCCAACGAUAAUGCCCCGGUGUUCAGCCAGGACGUAUACAGGGUUAGCCUCCAAGAAAACGUGCCCCGGGAAACCUCCGUGCUGCGAGUGAUGGCCACAGACCAGGACGAGGGCAUUAACGCAGAGCUCACUUAUGCCUUUCUCAAUUCUCCAAGUACCAGCCUCUUCAAUCUCAAUCCAAAUACUGGCGAUAUCACAACCAAUGGUAUAUUGGACUUUGAAGAGACUAGUAGAUAUGUGUUGGGUGUGGAAGCCAAGGAUGGAGGGGUGCACACAGCUCACUGUAAUGUUCAGAUUGAAAUCGUUGAUGAGAAUGACAAUGCCCCAGAGGUGACAUUUGUAUCCUUUUCUAACCAGAUUUCAGAGGACUCUGACGUUGGAACUGUGAUAGCUCUCAUAAAAGUGCGAGACCAGGAUUCUGGGCAAAAUGGUGUAGUAACCUGCCAUAUUCAGGAAGACGUUCCCUUCAAGUUAGCAUCCACCUCCAAGAAUUAUUACAAACUAGUGAUUGACAGGGCCCUAAACCGGGAGCAGACUGCAGACUACAACGUCACCAUCACAGCCACAGACCGGGGCAAGCCGCCCCUUUCUUCAAGGACAAGUGUCACCCUACACAUUUCCGACGUCAAUGACAACGCUCCUGUUUUCCACCAGGCCUCCUACAUGGUCCACGUGCCAGAAAACAACCCACCUGGCGCCUCCAUUGCGCAGGUCAGCGCCUCGGACCCGGAUUUGGGACCCAACGGCCUUGUCUCCUACUCGAUCGUGGCCAGCGACCUGGAGCCGCGGGCGCUGUCGUCCUACGUGUCGGUGAGCGCGCAGAGCGGCGUGGUGUUCGCGCAGCGCGCCUUCGACCACGAGCAGCUGCGCGCCUUCGAGCUGACGCUGCAGGCCCGCGACCAGGGCUCGCCCGCGCUGGGCGCCAACGUGAGCCUGCGCGUGCUGGUGGGCGACCGCAACGACAACGCGCCGCGCGUGCUGUACCCCGCGCUGGGGCCCGACGGCUCCGCGCUCUUCGACACGGUGCCGCGCGCCGCGAAGCCCGGCUACCUGGUCACCAAGGUGGUGGCGGUGGACGCCGACUCGGGACACAACGCCUGGCUGUCCUACCACGUGCUGCAGGCCAGCGAGCCCGGGCUCUUCAGCCUGGGGCUGCGCACGGGCGAGGUGCGCACGGCGCGCGCUUUGGGCGACAGGGACGCGGCCCGUCAGCGCCUGCUGGUCGCGGUGCGUGACGGAGGACAGCCGCCCCUCUCGGCCACCGCCACGCUGCACCUAAUCUUUGCGGAUAGCUUACAAGAGAUACAGCCUGACCUUGACGACCACCCCGCACCCUCUGACCCGCAAGCGGAGCUGCAGUUUUACCUGGUGGUGGCCUUGGCCUUGAUCUCUGUGCUCUUCCUCCUCGCCGUGAUUCUGGCCAUUGCCCUGCGCCUGAGACACUCUUCAGGCCUCAACGCUGAAGGCUGCUUUCAGCCUGGUUUCUGCUCCAAGUCUGAACCUGGACGUCCCCCCAACCACAGCGACCUCACUUUGCCCUACUCCCACUGUCUUUGCGUUGCCUCUCAUUCUGCAAAGACAGAGUUUAAUUUUCUCAACCUGACGCCAGAAAUGACUCCCCCUCAGGAUCUACUGUGUGAUGAUCCUUCUAUGGCUGUAUUUUCCAGUAAUGAGGAUCCCCAAAUGGCGUGUGACACUUCUUUUUCCUCUCACGUGAGUUUCUACAAGCGCAUUUAA